ACCAUCAUUGUCAUCAAUCGGCUGUUUGCGCUAUUUCGGGCCCAGUAAGUUCCAGCGUCCUACUUAUUUUUGUCAAGAACCAGCCGCAGCGAGACCCUCACAAUGGUGUCCAUGGGCAGACAGAUCCUGGGCUUUGCCCUGGCGAUCAUCGGGUUUCUGGGAACCAUCAUCGUCUGCGCCCUUCCCAUGUGGAAGGUGACAGCUUUCAUUGGCGCCAACAUCGUGACAGCGCAGAUCAUCUGGGAGGGCCUGUGGAUGAACUGCGUGAUGCAGAGCACGGGGCAGAUGCAGUGUAAGAUCUACGACUCCCUCCUGGCCCUGCCCCAGGACCUGCAGGCGGCCAGGGCCCUGGUGGUCAUCGCCAUCAUCGUGGCUGUCUUCGGUAUCCUCCUCGGCAUCGUCGGAGGGAAGUGCACCAACUUCGUUGAAGACGAAGUCUCGAAGGCCAAGGUGGCCAUCGCCGCCGGCGUCACUUUCAUCGUGGCUGGAAUUCUCACCCUGAUCCCCGUCUGCUGGUCGGCCAACACCAUCAUCAGGGACUUCUACAACCCUCUGCUGGUUGAGGCGCAGCGCAGAGAGCUGGGGGCCUCUCUCUACAUCGGCUGGGGCACCGCCGCCCUCCUGAUCCUCGGCGGCGGGCUUCUCUGCAGCUCCUGUCCUCCCAGAGACGAGGACAAUUACAAUGCAAAGUAUACUCCGGCAAGAUCCGUGGCAACUAGCAAAGCUUAUGUAUGAGACUGCAUGUGCGCGCUGAGGAAGCGCUUUAGACAGCUUCUGUCUGCUUUAGACGACGCACGUCCGCAGCCAACUUGUUCAUUUGCUAUUUCUACAUAAAACAAAGAUACCAAGAGAGAUCUUGCGGUUACAUCCUGCUGUAAUAUUUGCCCUAAAUUUUAUGAGCUAGCUCACAAAAUGUUUGUAUUGCAUCGAAGUGUUGGUUUUGUUGGCUGUCUAAUGUGGAAAACACAGAACUUUUCACAGAGCUAUGUAAAGUGGAUGAUGUGCAAGCACUCUGAAUUCUAUAAAUGUUAAAUAUCUCAACUGUCUUACAGUGCAGUAAAAGAGAUAAUUCUUGAGUCCAGUUCAGUUAAACUUCUCAGACUUAUGAAAUCAGAAAUCCGCUGGUGUGAACAAUGUGUGUAAAUUAUUCAGCAAAAUGUUAUAAACAGGCAGGUGGAAGGCUGAUGGUGGCAGAUGUGCAGAAAAAGGCAUAGAAAAUGAAAAAUAUACUGAGUAAUUGCAAUUAUUUUCUUAAAAGGAUAUGAGCUAUCAUGUGCCUACUAUGACAUUAUAACAGUAUUUUUCCUUUUCUGUGCAAAGAAUGUGUAAUUUGUAACAUGUAUGCCUGUUUUCAUUUUAUAUUGGAAUAUACAGAUAUACUUUGAUACAUGUUUAAAUUUUAUUUGUAUUGAAAAUAUAAUUAUAUAACAAACCAU